UGGUCUUGUUGGUGUCACCUGUGUGUUCCCUAUUGACCUGGCUAAGACUCGACUCCAGAAUCAGAGACAAGGUCAUCAGGUCUACAAGAACAUGAUGGAUUGUCUAGUCAAAACAGUGCGAUCAGAGGGGUACUUUGGCGUGUACAGAGGUAAGAUUCAUUCUAUAUUUAGUAUUUAUGCUAACAGCAAAUUAUUAAGGAAUAUGUGCUCUAGUAGUAUGUGGCUUUUCAGGGUCUCACAAAAGUAUCCAAACAUGGGGGUGGGACGACACUUUUUUUUUUUUCUUUUCUUUUUUUUUUUAAAGCAAAAAAGGUUUUUAUUUAUAAUCUACGUGGUUGUCAUUUCUUGGUAAACACGCGUUGAGUCAUCUAUCCCACUGAUGAUAGACUGGUGUUGACAUGUCUGGUGUUUAUAAUUACAUAUUAUUUUAAGUGUUUUACUUCCCCUGAGUGAGGGUACUUUUGUGACAAACUGUACUUUAACAUUUAAGCUGUGGUUAAAUCCACUUGCAUGUGAGUCAUGAAGGCAGAAAUCCUUACUUGGUUUUAUGCUGCUCUACAGCUAACUUUUACAGCAGUUGGUAAGAUGGAUUGAUGUAGAAAGUGUACAUACAUGUAUCUAUGCAGAUGUACAGACCAUAAUUGUGCAGUGACUACCAAGUUUUUCUUUCACUUACCAUUAAAUUUCAUACAUUUGAUUACUAUAUCUACAAGAUAUGCACUUUAUUAGAAAUUCUUUAUAAAUUUAAUUUUAUUUAUUUAUUUAUUUAUUUUUUACACAGUAGUUCUGGAAUAAACUGAACUUGAGGUAGCAAAACUUUGAGCAUAACAGCCCAUGUUUUUAUUGGGUUGCCACUUGAUGUGAGGAAUGCUGUUUGUUUGCAUCUGUGUUUUUUCAUGUUACAGACAUGGGUCCCCCCUGGGAUAGUGAAGGCUAGCCGAUUAAGGCGCAGCCACGCUGGAGGUGCUGCAGUGAAUCUUGCCCUUGUCACACCAGAAAAAGCCAUUAAACUGGCAGCUAAUGACUUCUUUCGUCACCAUCUUUCCAGGGAUGGGAAGGGGUUGUCAGUGUUUAAAGAAAUGGUUGCAGGUUGUGGUGCAGGCAUGUGCCAAGUCAUCAUUACCACUCCUAUGGAGAUGCUAAAAAUUCAACUACAAGAUGCUGGAAGACUAUCUGCUCAGCAGAGAAUGCCUGGUAUUUUGGCGUCCAAUAAGCUGGUUCAGACAAAUGCUGUUCUAAGCCGGUCCUAUAAUGUGGUGCCAAGUACUGCUGCCCAAACUGUGUCUGCAACACAAAUUGCCAAAAAGCUGCUACAUACAGAGGGCAUCCAAGGUCUAUACAAAGGGCUAGGAGCAACACUCAUGAGAGAUGUGCCCUUCUCUAUUGUCUACUUCCCGCUUUUUGCUAACAUUAACCGUUUGGGUAAGCGUUCUGAAGAUGAUGUGGCACCAUUCUAUUGGUCGUUCAUGGCUGGCUGUGUAGCUGGUUCAACAGCUGCAGUGGCAGUUAACCCAUGUGAUGUGGUAAAAACAAGGCUUCAGUCCUUGAACAAAGGUGCUAAUGAAGAGACCUAUAAUGGAGUACUUGACUGUGUGAGCAAGAUCAUGAAAAAGGAAGGACCAUCUGCUUUCCUAAAGGGGUCAGGCUGCAGGGUGCUUGUCAUUGCACCUCUUUUUGGCAUUGCUCAAGUUAUGUAUUCUGUUGGAGUUGGUGAAUUCAUUCUGGGCCAGAGAGAAUUUAACUUCCUGUCUCCUUAAGCAAGUCUUUUACACUGCUUCAAAUUAACCAGUGCUAAGGACAUGAGAAACACACAAUCACAUAUAACAGUUAGAGGUGAAUGACAGCAAGUCUGUUUCUUGAGCUAUUUUCCAGCCUUACUGCACUUCCUGUUUGAUAUGCUAAUUCAAGCAGCUGUGGCCAACAAUUUGCACUUGUUGGGGGUGUGUGUGAGAGAGAAAGACAUUGUGCCCCACAUGCCACACUGCAAGUGGUUCCCCUCAGUGAGGGAGGAUGGUGUCACUAUGGAGGCACUAUCUUUAAAAUUAACUUCAUUUUUUAUGUAGUAUCUGGUUUGUCAGUCAAGUAUUUGUGUUUUCAUGAAUUAUUUAAUAUUGUACUGGUGAAAAUCACUUUGUUUAUUGGUAAAUAUUUCAGAUGGUAGCUGUAACAGUUUCCUUAAUGUUUCUGAACUACAUGAGGUUUUGGGCACAAAGGGAGUAAGUGACACCAGGGGGGGAGGAAUAUUUACUUUGUGGAGCAGUUUAUUCAAAACGUGUAUUGUUUGACAAAAUGUGUUUUGGAUAAAGCAUGUUAUGAUUAAGGUAGUGGUGUCAACUGCCUAAUACAAUUAACAGUAACCAAAAAACCCACAACAUUCUAAUAUUUUCCCUUACUCCUCAUCACUGAGAUGAUUUUAUUUUAUAGUGGUGGGUUCCAUUAUUAUGCACUGCACACUUUGAUAGUAUUGCUUAUUUUACCAUAAGAAUGAUAAAUAUUGACAUCACUUUUGGUGGCGCAAAAAAAAAAAAAAAGUCCACAAAAAUCGGAUUAAUGUGGAAAUGCAGCUUCCCUGCAUAAAACUGAUUGCCAACCAAAUACAAUUGUAACUGUAUUAAGCAAAACAGAUUUGUAUAAUGUUGAUAUUCCUGAAAUGUGAAGGCCAUAAAGUCCCUGUGUCGUUUGUGAGAGAUGGCAAGACAUGUUUAGUGUAAAUUGCAUCUAGCUUUAUUAAAAUCUAACAUGUAUAUUUAAUGUUAAAUAUCAUGACACUUUUUAAUCAGUUGUUACUAAUCAGCAUAAAUGGUCUUUCACUCAGUAACAAAUUUAAGACUCCUAUCAUUUGCUAAUUAAUUUUGUACUGUGAUAUUUGUAAAACACUUCAAAAUAAAGUACAAAAGUUUC